UCGGGUCCAGAGAAGCGUGGAGUGGGAAAACAAUGUUUCAUGAUUCACUUUUUGUCAUUGAUUCGAUAUUAGGUCAAGAGAAAUUUUGUUUUUGUCAUCUGUUGCUUCUGUUGGACAAAACAGAACUUUUGUAAGAUCAGAGCGAGACAUUCUUUGGUGAUGAAGUUGAUAAAAAAAGUUGGUGGUUCUGGAAAUCUCUUUUUGGAUAUAAGCAUCCCUGUAUGAUAACCUGAACAUAUUUUAAAUAAAAGAGGAUAUGAAGAGCCUUGAAGUGCUGGAAUGUGACACUGACUUUGUAGAUGUACUGUAGACAUUGCCUCUAGAACUGCUUCUUGCGAUUCCUCAUAUAUCCAUGAACCGGACAUUCCUUGCUUUUCAUUGAAAAGUGAAGCUUACAUUCAUCAUGGUUCGGACAACUGCCAAAGCCCAAAAUGCUGCUUUGCGUCAUUCGAGGAUAAACCUAUUUGGGAGUGCAAAGGACUUGCACAAACUCGAAGCUUUGCAGGGGGAGAAAAACCAGGGCUUUGGAUGUUUGUAUAAUAACAUGAAACAUGGACAAACAUCUACCAAGGAACUGGCUGAAUUCUUCAAAGAAAGGUCGCUAAUCGAGGAUACGUACCACAAGAGUGUCAGCAAAUUGGCUAAAUCCACCAGUAAUUAUUCUCAGCUUGGGACAUUUGCUCCUUUCUGGACAGUGGUCAAGGCUGCUACGGACAAACUUGCUGCUUCACAUCAGAAACUAGUCCAGAAACUUCAAGAUAUUGUCAAAGACAUCCAUAAAUAUGGGGAUGAACAGCACAAGAAACACAAGACUGUCAAGAUUGAAGUCCAAAGCACAGCGGAUGUAGUCAACAACAUUCAAAGGACGACAGAUCUUGUUGCCUCGGCGAAGGAGCUUUACAACACAAGAUGCAUUGAGUUUGAGAAGCUGAAGAGGGAAGGCGUCACGGGUAAAGAGCUGGAGAAAGCAGAAACAAAAUAUAAGAAAACAUUGGAGGAGUAUAAAAAUCUGAUUGACAAGUAUGGUAACCUGAGAGAAGACUUUCAGAAGAAGAUGACAGAUACAUGUCAGAAAUUUGAAGCAUUAGAAGAGGCACACUUACAGCAACUCAAAGACUUCAUCAAGCAGUACAACAUUGCUGUCAAAGAUUGCCAUAACAGUGUACAAAAGGUGCAGAGAGAGUUCACAGAGCAGUGUGAGGAACUAACAGAAGUCAAACUUAUCUCAAUGUUCUCAGAGUCCAAGGGAACAGGCAAAGAAAGACCAGUUUUAUUAGAGUUUGAAGAAUGCGAUGUAUCCAAUAUCCCGAUGCCAGACCCCGAGACGACAAAGAAGAAGAAAAAGGUGAAGAAAGCAAAGAAAAAGAAAGAGAAAGAUGGAGAGUCACCUGGGAACUCUCCAGAUAUGCAACAGAGUAGCAACUCCUCCGAUCGCUCUGGCAGCAUCGGCAACGCAUCUUUAGGAUCGUUUAAAGAUUGCGUCACAGGGAAAGUAACAAACAACACUAAAACUAUGAGCACAUCCACUGUUGCCACAACUACCACAACGGCUAACAACACAACAACUACUCCCACCUCCCCUACCACUUCUACAUCGACCCCCACCACAUUGGCCCCGCCCACGACCACGCCCACAACCACAUCGCCGGGGCAACCAUCUCAAGCACCCUCCUCCAGCCCAAGUGUGUAUUCUAUGGGAUCUUUUCGCGAUCUGUCGGUGAGCACACCACAGGUUGAUGAAGAAGGAUUCAGUAUCAAACCUGAGGAUAACAGAAUAGGUCACCAUCAUUUCGAUUCUGACUCUGAAAAGUCUGACUCGGAUUCUGACAGUGAAGACAGGACGAGACGGAUACGAGUGGAGAUCAAGCCUCGGGAUGGCAACCUACCCAAGACGACAGCCACGGUAGACGAAAUCAAGAAGUCGCUCGGUGGUCUCACGUUAUCACCUCAACAGAAGCGGAGAGAAAAAACAAAUGGCGAUCUACAAGCCAGACGACAAACGGCAUUAAAUAGAAGCAGCAAUCAAUCCAAUUCUGCUGGAAACUUGUUGGACCUGGACCUUGACUUCUCCAGUCCGCCACGUAACCACACCAGCAACGCCACAACACCAGACAGCGCCUUGAGUCCUGACCUUUUCAGCAGCAGUUUCGGCGGAGACUCCUUCACGAGUCCCAGCCCGCAGACUCCGGUCGCCUCCUCGGGCAAAGAUACAGCCCGCCCUCACUCGGCAUAUCUGCUCCAGAGUCCCACCACGUUGAGUGACGCGCUACCCCCUGCCCUACCGGCCAAGCAGAGACACAGCGUAGGAAGCACGUUCGCAGCAGCUGCAGCAGCAUCCUCCCAGAUCCCCAACAUCCCUGCCAGACCCCCAUCAAGACCUCAUAGUGGAAUGCAGUCCCCUACCCCAGGCAGUGGUGAUAACCCCGCCCUGCCCCGCCAAGACAGCAACUCAUCCCUCUCCGGCCUCUCCCCUUUCAAUAGCCACGGUGUCGUUGGGGGUUCCAGGGGACCCAGUCCCCUCACACUAGGAAUGAAUGAUACUAUACCUAUAGCAGCCGCCUUCACCGAAUCUGUCAAUGCGUACUUCAAAGGCAACGACCAAUUCAAGUGUAUGGUGAAGAUCACUGGUGACCUGAUGUUAUCCUUCCCAGCAGGCAUCAUUCAAGCGUUGACCUCUAACCCCCAACCCGCCAUGCUUGCCUUCAGAGUGAAGAACACUCAUAGAUUAGAUGUUCUCCCAAAUAAACAACUCAUUUCAGUUGACGCUGCCCAGACGACGAGUGAGAGCACUGCCUAUGUCUUUAACAUGUCCAACCUUGUAACGUUAUUACGCCAUCAGGUUGAGAAGAAUGCUGCAGCAUCGUACUUCAAUGUAGAUAUCCUGAAAUAUCAAGUAAAAGCAGACUCUGAAGGCAAGUCAACGCCCCUACAUCUGUGCAGCUACUGGAAGUGUGAUGCCACCACCACAGACCUGAGAGUGGACUAUGCCUACAACGCCAGCUCCAUGGACAAGGCCAAAUCUCUUACCAAUGUAUCACUCAUUGUACCGGUAGAUGGAGGCGUCAAAGUCAUGCAUUCAAAGCCACCGGCUACAUGGUCAUCAGAAAGCAAGAGAGUUCUUUGGAAGAUCGGCGAGAUCCCGCCCGGCGGUGAAUCCGGUACGUUACGAGCGAGGUUUGAGCUGGAAGAGGGGCCCAGUAAACCAGCUACGUUAGCAGUACAGUUCAGCAGUGAGGGCGCCACGCUGUCGGGUGCAGAUAUUGAACUGCUUAACACCUUCUAUAGAUUGUCAUUAGUCAAGAAAAGAUUCUGUACAGGAAAAUAUUUGUCGGAGAGCUAACAGUUGAUGGAGGAGAUAUCAUCGUCGUGCUUGGGUACUUUUGUUGAACCAUAGCUGAGCUGUACGCUACCUGAUAUUCUCAUCUAUCAUAGAUUUACUCAACCAAAUCAGCAAACCGCAUCAAUUUCCUGUUGCAUCUAUGAUGUCCGACAGUAGCUGCAAGAAUCUUCAAGAGUUGAAUGCUGAUUAGCUUGAAGAAGGAGAGGAAAGGGCUACCCAUUUAUGAUACAAUAAUACUUCAGUUGUAUUUGCUCUACGGU